AUGAAGUACCCAAAAGGAACAGGCCACAACGGACACGAGGAUCCUCUUGAACCACAGAGUUCUGGGCCUCACCCUGGAGGAGAAGACUCACCUGACAACCUCACAGAAGGCCACUCUCCGUCUCGGGCCACUCUCCGUCUCGGGCCACUCUCCGUCUCGGGCCACUCUCCGUCUCGGGCCACUCUCCUUCUCGGGCCACUCUCCUUCUCGGGCCACUCUCCGUCUCGGGCCACUCUCCGUCUCGGGCCACUCUCCGUCUCAGGCCACUCUCCGUCUCAGGCCACUCUCCGUCUCAGGCCACUCUCCGUCUCGGGCCACUCUCCGUCUCUGGCCACUCGGGCCACUCUCCGUCUCAGGCCACUCUCCGUCUCAGGCCACUCUCCGUCUCAGGCCACUUUCCCUCUCAGGCCUCUGAGGCCACUCUCCGUCUCAGGCCACUCUCCGUCUCAGGCCACUCUCCGUCUCGGGCCACUCUCCGUCUCUGGCCACUCGGGCCACUCUCCGUCUCAGGCCACUCUCCGUCUCAGGCCACUCUCCGUCUCAGGCCACUUUCCCUCUCAGGCCUCUGAGGCCACUCUCCGUCUCAGGCCACUCUCCGUCUCAGGCCACUCUCCGUCUCGGGCCACUCUCCGUCUCGGGCCACUCUCCGUCUCGGGCCACUCUCCGUCUCGGGCCACUCUCCGUCUCUGGCCACUCGGGCCACUCUCCGUCUCAGGCCACUCUCCGUCUCAGGCCACUCUCCCUCUCGGGCCUCUCAGGCCACUCUCCGUCUCAGGCCACUCUCCGUCUCAGGCCACUCUCCGUCUCGGGCCACUCUCCGUCUCAGGCCACUCUCCGUCUCAGGCCACUCUCCGUCUCGGGCCACUCUCCGUCUCGGGCCACUCUCCGUCUCAGGCCACUCUCCGUCUCAGGCCACUCUCCGUCUCAGGCCACUCUCCGUCUCAGGCCUCUCAGGCCACUUUCCCUCUCAGGCCUCUGAGGCCACUCUCCGUCUCGGGCCACUCUCCGUCUCAGGCCACUCUCCGUCUCGGGCCACUCUCCGUCUCGGGCCACUCUCCGUCUCAGGCCACUCUCAGUCUCAGGCCACUCUCCGUCUCGGGCCACUCUCCGUCUCAGGCCACUCUCCGUCUCAGGCCACUCUCCGUCUCAGGCCACUCUCCGUCUCAGGCCUCUCAGGCCACUUUCCCUCUCAGGCCUCUGAGGCCACUCUCCGUCUCAGGCCACUCUCCGUCUCAGGCCACUCUCCGUCUCAGGCCACUCUCCGUCUCAGGCCUCUCAGGCCACUUUCCCUCUCAGGCCUCUGAGGCCACUCUCCGUCUCAGGCCACUCUCCGUCUCAGGCCACUCUCCGUCUCAGGCCACUCUCCGUCUCAGGCCACUCUCCGUCUCGGGCCACUCUCUGUCUCAGGCCACUCUCCGUCUCGGGCCACUCUCCGUCUCAGGCCACUCUCCGUCUCAGGCCACUCUCCGUCUCAGGCCACUCUCCGUCUCGGGCCACUCUCCGUCUCGGGCCACUCUCCGUCUCGGGCCACUCUCCGUCUCGGGCCACUCUCCGUCUCGGGCCACUCUCCCUCUCGGGCCACUCUCCGUCUCGGGCCACUCUCCGUCUCGGGCCACUCUCCGUCUCGGGCCACUCUCCGUCUCAGGCCGCUCUCCGUCUCAGGCCACUCUCCGUCUCGGGCCACUCUCCGUCUCGGGCCACUCUCCGUCUCGGGCCACUCUCCGUCUCGGGCCACUCUCUGUCUCGGGCCACUCUCCGUCUCAGGCCACUCUCCGUCUCUGGCCACUCGGGCCACUCUCCGUCUCUGGCCACUCUCCGUCUCUGGCCACUCGGGCCACUCUCCGUCUCUGGCCACUCUCCGUCUCAGGCCACUCUCCGUCUCAGGCCACUCUCCGUCUCAGGCCACUCUCCGUCUCGGGCCACUCUCCGUCUCGGGCCACUCUCCGUCUCGGGCCACUCUCCGUCUCGGGCCACUCUCCGUCUCGGGCCACUCUCCGUCUCGGGCCACUCUCCGUCUCGGGCCACUCUCCGUCUCGGGCCACUCUCCGUCUCUGGCCACUCUCCGUCUCAGGCCACUCUCCGUCUCAGGCCACUCUCCGUCUCAGGCCACUCUCCAUCUCAGGCCACUCUCCGUCUCGGGCCCUCGAGCCCCUAGAGUCGAUGUCUUUAAAGCACCUAUCCAUAUCUGUUGGCUGUUACCUCCACUAA